AAGCAUUCUUCAAUGGCUUCUCUAUCUUUAACUAAAGUAUCUUUCUUUCUUUUAGUAAUAAUCUUAGCUUUCCAUUCUUCUCCUUCUGCUGCCAAAAGGAAAUGCGGUAUAACUUCUGUUUACCAAUUCGGCGACUCUCUCGCUGAUGCAGGAAAUGCCAUUCGUAUCCCGGAUGUCUCCCUGAUAUUAAGCACUGGCAAACUUCCUUAUGGCGAAACCUUUUUUAACAAACCUACAGGCCGCGCCUCAGACGGCCGUAUCAUUAAUGAUUUCAUUGUCUCUACUCUCAAUCUUCCUUUCCUAAAUGCUUAUUUGAACAACGGUACUUCUUUCCGCCAAGGUGCUAACUUCGCUGUCUCUGGUGCCACGGCGUUAAAUAACACUUUCUGGGCUGCUCAGAAUGUUAAUUUGCGUCCCUGGAACAAGUAUCUCGAUGCUCAAUUAGAUUGGUUCAAAUCUCAUCUGCAGUCCACCUGUGGCUCCAAUUGUAGACAAAAUCUCAAGAAUUCUCUCGUUAUAUUGGGAGAAUUCGGUGGAGUUGACUACUUCAACUGUUUUUUCUCAAACAAGCAAGAACCUGAGAUCCGGAGAUAUGUUCCUCUUGUUGUUGCUGAAAUUACGAGAGGAAUAAGAGAUGUGAUUAAACUAGGAGCAACUCGAAUUUUGGUUCCAGGAGUUUACCCUUUCGGAUGUUUACCUGUUUACUUGACAAGUUUUGCUGUGCCUAAUGCAACUGCUUACAAUCCAUUGGGUUGCUUGAGAAAUUUGAAUGCUUUCUCUUCAUACCACAAUACUGAGCUGAAAAUAGCUCUAAAAAGUUUACAGUGCGAGUUCCCAAAUGUUAGAAUCGUUUACGGGGAUUACUACGGAGCGCUUAUGACUGUUCUUCGUCGGGCUACUAGAUUUGGAUUUAAUCAGAACACAUUGCUCACUGCGUGCUGUGGAGGCGGCGGCGGACAAUACAAUUAUGGGAAACCAUGUGGAUCAGAUGGUGCUACAACUUGUCCUAAUCCGUCUCGAUACGUCAAUUGGGAUGGUAUUCAUUUGACAGAUGCAGCUCAUCAUCGUAUGGCAAACAUUAUCGUCAAUGACAUACUUCCAAAGUUCGUGUAUCAUAACGUUGAAGAUGCAGGUGUACUCAUGUCUAGUUAUUGAGUUUCAAAGUUUCUUUUUCUUCUACUUUUAUUUUGAUUUGGCGGUCGAUCGGAAACAGUCUCACUGCCUUCACAAGGUAAGGGUAAAGUCUGCGUACACUCUACACUCUACCCAGACCCUACUUUGUGGGAUUACACUGAAUUUGUUGUCGUCCUUGUUAUUGUUAUUGUUGUUAUUGUUGUUGUUGUUGUUGUUGUUGUUGCAUUUGUUUGUUUUGAUUAUGAUGAGAUGUAUUGGUGAAAAAGAAAUUAAUGAAAUGAAUGAUUGUU